AGACGCAUGUUCGACAGUUCUCGCCCCUCUUUUCUGAUGCACCUCGCACUCAUCUCUUGCAAUCAGGCCAGAGCCGACCAGCCAGCUCCUGAAUAAACUGAAUGUUUGCUGACCUCUAGUCCUGCCUCUGUUCGUCCUGCUUUGCUCACCGAUCGCCGGCGUGGCGCAGGCGAAGCCGAAAAUUUUCUGUUAUUUGCUUUGCAGUUUUGUUUUACUCCUACUCCGUUCCGUUUUGUGCUUUUCGCCCUUUCCCCUGUGCUUUGCUUCAGACUUUCCGUGUAGGCGUCAGUUCUUGCAUGUCUGCCAAGGAUCAGCGGCCUCAGUCCUCAGGUGCUCUAGACUUGAAAUCCCACUACCGGUUGAUAGGUGCAGAUCUGGGUUGGCCUUCGUGGACAGGCGGCGGCGAAGGAGCUAUGGAGAUGGCCGGCGCGGCGAACAGCCCGGGCCCGGCAGCGGCGCGGCCGAGCCGGUACGAGUCGCAGAAGCGCCGGGACUGGCAGACGUUCGGGCAGUACCUGCGCAACCACCGGCCGCCGCUGGAGCUGGCCCGGUGCAGCGGCGCGCACGUGCUCGAGUUCCUCCGCUACCUGGACCAGUUCGGCAAGACCAAAGUGCACGCGCCGGGGUGCCCCUUCUUCGGCCACCCGUCGCCGCCGGCGCCGUGCCCGUGCCCGCUCAAGCAGGCGUGGGGCAGCCUCGACGCGCUCGUCGGCCGCCUCCGCGCCGCCUUCGAGGAGCACGGCGGCCGCCCCGAGGCCAACCCCUUCGGGGCGCGCGCCGUCCGGCUCUACCUCCGCGAGGUCCGCGACACCCAGGCCAAGGCGCGCGGCAUCGCCUACGAGAAGAAGCGCCGCAAGCGCCACCCGCCGGCACACAGGCAGGCCAAGCAGCAGCAGGACGCCGGCCAGCAGCAGCAGCAGCACUACCACCCCCACCACCACCACCAGGCGUCGCCCGCCGCGGCCGCGGUGACCGAGAGUAGGCACGUGCUGGCUGACAUGGCCGAGCCGCCGGCGCCGCACUUCCUGAUCCCGCACGCGCAGUUCCUCCACGGCCACUUCCUGGUGCCGGUCACCGAGCCGACCGACCCCGCCGCGGGCAUGGGCGGCGGCGGCACCGGCGAGGACUUGGUGCUGGCAAUGGCGGCCGCCGCCGAGGCGCACGCCGCCGCGGCCGGGUUCUUGAUGCCGCUGUCCGUGUUUCACUAGCUAGCUUGCUGGGUCCACUCUCCGCUGCCUCUAUAGCUCCAUGGGCAGGGAUGCAAGGCUAGGUAAUUAGGCGUAAUCAAGCAUGCAGGUUUUGCUAAUGGCGAUCGGCCUGAUCUCUGCGCGCCGUUUGGUCGUCCAUCCGGCUUUUGUUUUUAUGCGCAGUCGUCUCCUCCGCGCGACAUUACCGGCGGCGCUUGCAUCAACCGCUGCUGCCUUUUGGUUGUAUUUUGGGUGCGUGGUUUUGUGUACGCAGUGAUAGAAUGGCUGGAUUAGACCGCUGUGUGUGUUUUUCUCCAUGACUUGGAUCUUGUGGGAAUUUCAUGUACUACAGCUGAUCUCAAUCGACUUAACAUUGUUCCUGGUUGUGCUAGUUA